CAGAAGCGAAGCGGCUCGUGAGGUUCCACGGAUUAUCAUGCACAUGUAUCCCUUUUGAAUAUCUAUCUCCACAAGAUCCACGACCACUGAUCAACACCAAUCAUUCUUUACUCUUACAAAGUUGAUACAGAUAGUAGAUAUUAGGUAAAUACCUAACCUUAAUCAAGUCAAUAAAUACAAGAGAAGCGUUCAGAAUGGCUCAAGUAGACGGCCCCGCGGAGCUGCCAAGCAAACAGACAGCGUCGCACCCCGGCGAUCAGCACGAGAUCCCCACGACCGAGGCCCACGAGUCCUUCGACUCGCUGAAAGCUAGGAUCAAGAAGCACUACGAGAUUGCAUCGGACUACUACUAUUCCUUAUGGGGCCAGCACAUCCACCACGGCCUCUUCAAGUCCGCCAGCGAGACCAAGGAGCAGGCGCAGGUCAAUCUGAUCAACUACCUGCUCGAGAUCUCCGGCGGCCUGUCGGCCGGCUCCCAGGUCCUCGACGUCGGGUGCGGCGUCGGCGGCACCAGCCGCUUCCUAGCCCGCGAGCAAGGGUGCCAGGUCACGGGGAUCACGAUCAGCGGGCGCCAAGUUGAGAUCGCGCGGCAGGUGACCGCGGCCGAAACCGCCGGUGCCGCCCCCGUUUCAGCGGGCGACUUCUUCAAGUACGCCGAGCCGAAGGGUGGCGCGGUGCGCUUCCUCGAGCUCGACGCGGAGAAGAUGCUGGAGCACUUCCACCCUUCCUCCUCCUCAGCGCCGACGACCGGCGAUUUCGACUGCGUCUGGAUCUCCGAGGCGCUGUCGCACCUGCCGAACAAGGAGCUCUUCUUCUCCUCGACGUUUGCGCUGCUCCGGGGCGGCGGGGCGGGGUCGCGCCUGGUGGUCGCGGAUUGGUUCAAGGCGCCCGGCCUGUCGCCCGAGCAGGAGGAGGCGGAUACCAAGCCGAUCGAGGACGGCAUGCUGCUGCCGCGGCUGUACACGGUGGACGAGUAUGUUGCGUUGGCGGAGGGGGCGGGGUAUAAGGUGAGGCAGGCGCCGGUUGAUAUCAGUAAGGAGGUGGCGAAGACUUGGGAUAUAUCGUGGUCCCUCGUGUCUUCGCCCGCGCUGUGGGCAUUCGCCAUAUCGCAGGGCAGAGACGGUCUCGCGUUCCUGCAGGCGUUCCGGGCGAUGAGAAGAGGAUACGCAAACGGGACUUUUAGGUACGCGGUCAUGUGCUUCGAGAAGCCUUGAGAUGUUGCUUGAGUCUAUACUGGGUAGUUAGGUACCCACUCGCCUGGAGUGGGACCUGGAUAUGGAUGUGGCUCUCAUGACAGUGGAAGGUAUUGAUGAUAGAUUUAGCUCUUGACGACUUGUAAUGGAUACCCCAUUCUGUAGCUACAUAGAUGUUAGCCAUGUUGCGUUACGAUAUACAGUAUACCUAUAUAAUCUACUGCAUGGUACGGAUGUUA